CAUGUUUCUUUAAUUUCUUUUUCCUCAAAACUCAUGACUUCUGUACACAAAUUGCUACCUCACACAUCAGUUUAGUCAAGUGCUCUAGCCUGGUCCUGGGAGAGCAAAAGGACCUAUUUAUUCAUUUAUCAGAUAUUAUCUGAGCCCCUAUUAUCUGUCCUCGCAACAGUGCUUGACGGUGGUGUUAAAAAGGUCAGUAAAUUGUCUUGGAGGAACUAAUUUAGUUUAGAGUUAAAUCUCAUAAUGUUCUUGUAGCAAAGAUUAGCCAGUGCCUCCACCAGUCAUGUACAGGGAAAAAAAUUCUGGAAAUUGUAGUGCAAAUCAGGCAUGGACCAAUUAUGCUUUUGAACUAUAGUUUUCUGUGCUGAGACUGGGCCAAUUCUGAUGAAUUCUGAACAAUGGUAAAACCGAUACCUUUAAAAUUCAAGAAUGUUGAGUUCUAAUGGCAGUUUGACCAUUGAGAUAUUAACAUAGGAACAUCAUUUAGCCUCUUAAGCUUGAACAUCCAUUAAGUGGGAAAAAUAGUGCUCAUUUCCUAGAGGUCUUCAGAGAUUAGCUAACCAAUAGUUUUGAUUUUGCUGGUAAGUAAUGUGCAAGUUUUCUUAGAUGUGAUCGCUUCAUUUUCUCGUAUAUUGAUUGGCAGCAGCCAAAUGGGCGUUCCAGUCCCUAAUCUCCUGCAAGAGAAACACUUCUGUUUCAUAAAUCUGGUAAUUUUUGAGCUCUUUUCCCAACAGGGUGCUGCAGCUCACCAAGUGGAACCCACAACAUUUUCUGCUACCAGGAUAGCAGCUUGUCAGCAGCAUAUACUGAAUUACUAGGUUUCAGUAUGAUUUUGGCUGGUACAGAUUUCAAUCAUCGAAUCGACAUGCGUCCAGCCAUUCUCAUAAUGAAUGUUUCCUUCUCUUUCAAACGUUGUUUCCAGCCUCCAUCUCCAAAUUCUUUUUUUUAAAGAGGUGGAACAGAAACUGUACUCCUCAGGAAGAAACUUUUCCUUCUCAUCCCUGUUCCCCAUAAAGGUACCUCCAGAUAAAUCUAUCAAAAGCAGGACCCAACUCAUCAGGUUUUCUAAAACGUUCCCCAGUCUCACCACCCUUCGUGGCACGCAUGGGCUUCCCAAGUCUUCACCUUUCUCUUAGACACAGGCAAGCACAUUAUCACUCCAGAAAAGCAGUCCUGGCUUAGCCAGUUCCCUUCCAGAAGGACCACGUGGUUUUUGGCCCCAUGGAGCCCUGCAGCGUAGCGGGGGGCUCAUGGUCCCGAUUUGCCUCGGGACUCAGGGGGCUUCCGAGAUGCAGGAUCUCCCCGGCUCGUAACGAGACAUCAGUGGACAAACGGGAGCGAGGGUCGGACACGCGGCUCCGAGGAAGCGGAACUUAAAGAACACGGGCCCAGCAGGCUACACCAGGAACGCGCCGGACUCUAGGGCGCGUCCCACCCCUCCCGCCCUUCGCAAAGGAGGAAACUGAGGCACGGCGACUGUCUCAACGCAGCCCCGGCCCUGCCCUCCGCGGCCUCCCUCAGGCGCGCUCCCGCGCGGGCGGUUCCUUUGUCCCGGUCGCGCUUCCUGCCUCCGCCUCCUCCUCGCCCCGGGCCGGGCUGACGCGGCGAGAGAGGAAUGCGUUUCCGGAGGGAGAGGGCAGCGGCGGCGGGCUCGGGAGCGGGAUCAGACGCGCAGAGGAGGCGGGGCCGCGGCUGGUUUCCUGCCGGGGGGCGGCUCUGGGCCGCCGAGUCCCCUCCUCCCGCCCCUGAGAAGGAGGAGCCGCCGCCACCCGCCGCGCCCGAGACGCUGGAGGCCCCUCCAGCCCGCGGGAGAGGCCCAGCGGCAGUCGCGGAACAGCAGGCCCGAGCCCACCGCGCCGGGGCCCGGACGCCGCGCGGAGAAGAUGAAUUUACAGCUGAUUUUCUGGGUUGGACUGAUCAGUUCAGUUUGCUGUGUGUUUGCUCAAACAGAUGAAAACAGAUGUUUAAAAGCAAAUGCCAAAUCAUGUGGAGAAUGUAUACAAGCAGGGCCAAAUUGUGGGUGGUGCACAAAUUCAACAUUUUUACAGGAAGGAAUGCCUACUUCUGCACGAUGUGAUGAUUUAGAAGCCUUAAAAAAGAAGGGUUGCCCUCCAGAUGACAUAGAAAAUCCCAGAGGCUCCAAAGAUAUAAAGAAAAAUAAAAAUGUAACCAACCGUAGCAAAGGAACGGCAGAGAAGCUCAAGCCAGAGGAUAUUACUCAGAUCCAACCACAGCAGUUGGUUUUGCGAUUAAGAUCAGGGGAGCCACAGACAUUUACAUUAAAAUUCAAGAGAGCCGAAGACUAUCCCAUUGACCUCUACUACCUUAUGGACCUGUCUUAUUCAAUGAAAGACGAUUUGGAGAAUGUAAAAAGUCUUGGAACAGAUCUGAUGAAUGAAAUGAGGAGGAUUACUUCGGACUUCAGAAUUGGAUUUGGCUCAUUUGUGGAAAAGACCGUGAUGCCUUACAUUAGCACAACACCAGCUAAGCUCAGGAACCCUUGCACAAGUGAACAGAACUGCACCAGCCCAUUUAGCUACAAAAAUGUACUCAGUCUUACUAAUAAAGGAGAAGUAUUUAAUGAACUUGUUGGAAAACAGCGCAUAUCUGGAAAUUUGGAUUCUCCAGAAGGUGGUUUCGAUGCCAUCAUGCAAGUUGCAGUUUGUGGAUCACUGAUUGGCUGGAGGAAUGUUACACGGCUGCUGGUGUUUUCCACGGAUGCUGGGUUUCACUUUGCUGGAGAUGGGAAACUUGGUGGCAUUGUUUUACCAAAUGAUGGACAAUGUCACCUGGAAAAUAAUAUGUACACAAUGAGCCAUUAUUAUGAUUAUCCUUCUAUUGCUCACCUUGUCCAGAAACUGAGUGAAAAUAAUAUUCAGACGAUUUUUGCAGUUACUGAAGAAUUUCAGCCCGUUUACAAGGAGCUGAAAAACUUGAUCCCUAAGUCAGCAGUAGGAACAUUAUCUGCAAAUUCUAGCAAUGUAAUUCAGUUGAUCAUUGAUGCAUACAAUUCCCUUUCCUCAGAAGUCAUUUUGGAAAAUGGCAAAUUGUCAGAAGGAGUAACAAUAAGUUACAAAUCUUACUGCAAGAACGGGGUGAAUGGAACAGGGGAAAAUGGAAGAAAAUGUUCCAAUAUUUCCAUUGGAGAUGAGGUUCAAUUUGAAAUUAGCAUAACUUCAAAUAAGUGUCCAAAAAAGGAUUCUGACAGCUUUAAAAUUAGGCCUCUGGGCUUUACGGAGGAAGUAGAGGUUAUUCUUCAGUACAUCUGUGAAUGUGAAUGCCAAAGCGAAGGCAUCCCUGAAAGUCCCAAGUGUCAUGAAGGAAACGGGACAUUUGAGUGUGGCGCGUGCAGGUGCAACGAAGGGCGUGUUGGUAGACAUUGUGAAUGCAGCACAGAUGAAGUUAACAGUGAAGACAUGGAUGCUUACUGCAGGAAAGAAAACAGUUCAGAAAUCUGCAGUAACAAUGGAGAGUGCGUCUGCGGACAGUGUGUUUGUAGGAAGAGGGAUAAUACAAAUGAAAUUUAUUCUGGCAAGUUCUGCGAGUGUGAUAAUUUCAACUGUGAUAGAUCCAAUGGCUUAAUCUGUGGAGGAAAUGGUGUUUGCAAGUGUCGUGUGUGUGAGUGCAACCCCAACUACACUGGCAGUGCGUGUGACUGUUCUUUGGAUACUAGUACUUGUGAAGCCAGCAACGGACAGAUCUGCAAUGGCCGGGGCAUCUGUGAGUGUGGUGUCUGUAAGUGUACAGAUCCGAAGUUUCAAGGGCAAACAUGUGAGAUGUGUCAGACCUGCCUUGGUGUCUGUGCUGAGCAUAAAGAAUGUGUUCAGUGCAGAGCCUUCAAUAAAGGAGAAAAGAAAGACACAUGCACACAGGAAUGUUCCUAUUUUAACAUUACCAAGGUAGAAAGUCGGGACAAAUUACCCCAGCCAGUCCAACCUGAUCCUGUGUCCCAUUGUAAGGAGAAGGAUGUUGACGACUGUUGGUUCUAUUUUACGUAUUCAGUGAAUGGGAACAACGAGGUCAUGGUUCAUGUUGUGGAGAAUCCAGAGUGUCCCACUGGUCCAGACAUCAUUCCAAUUGUAGCUGGUGUGGUUGCUGGAAUUGUUCUUAUUGGCCUUGCAUUACUGCUGAUAUGGAAGCUUUUAAUGAUAAUUCAUGACAGAAGGGAGUUUGCUAAAUUCGAAAAGGAGAAAAUGAAUGCCAAAUGGGACACACAAGAAAAUCCGAUUUACAAGAGUCCUAUUAAUAAUUUCAAGAAUCCAAACUACGGACGUAAAGCUGGUCUCUAAAUUGCCGUUCGUAUUUUCUUUCACUUUCUGCCUUUGCAUGUGAACUUUUAUCUUUUUUACUGCACUGUGUGUCCUUUAUCACUAUUGCUGUUCUUUUUUUAAGUCUGGCUUUAAAUAUCGCUAUUGUGGCUUUUCUUUUUGUAUGUUAACUUCACGUUUAGAAAGACUGUAAAAAAGUAAUGUGAUAUAGAAACAGCAACCAUGUUGUAGUGAAAAGAGAAUGUGCUUUGCAAUCAGUUAGACCUCAGGUCAAAUCCCACCUCUUUCAUUUAGUAAGUAGAACAGCAUUGAGUCACUUCACUUCUCUCAUCUGUCACAGGGAGUCAGUACUCUGUUUUGUAUGGGGUGGUUGUAUUUGGCAAAUGCACUCCAGUAUAUGAAAUCAGCCUGUCAGCUCUAAUCCUCACAACAGUCCUGUGCCUAGAAUGAUAUUAUCCUAUUAUCUUUUAUUCUUUUUCUGUUUAUUUAUUUAUUUAUUUAUUUAUUUUGAGACAGUCUCUCUCUGUCGCCCAGCCUGGAGUGCAGUGGUGUGAUAUCAGCUCACUGCAACCUCUGACUUCCAGAUUCCAGCAAUUCUCCUGCCUCAGCCUCCUGAGUACCUGGGAUUACAGGUGCCUGCCACCAUGCUAGGCUAGUUUUUUUGUUUUUAGUGGAGAUGGGGUUUCACGACAUUGGCUGGGCUGGCCUUGAACUCCUAACCUCCAGUGCUCUGCCCGCCUCGGUCUCCCAAAGUGCUAGGAUUACAGGUGUGAGCCACUGUGCCUCACCGGUAUUAUCCUUAAAUAACAAAUUUGUUAUGAGUAAAUUUUAGGGUCGGAUAGUGAAACUUGAUCAUGAAAUCCAAAUUGCAAAAUAGAAAAAUGUAACCUGCUGUGAUAUUUGUAUGGUAUGCAACUACAGUAUCAUUAUUGGUUCUCAAAAGAUUUGAGAUCAAUUUCUUGAAUAUAACUUGAAAUUUCAUUAAAAGCCAGAAGACCAUAUAUAUGUAUGUAUAUUAUGUGUAUGUGUGUGUGUCUGUGUGUGUAUGUGAGAAUAAUUCUAAUUUUCAAAUAUAAGUUUGUAACUGUUCAUAUCUGAAUUUUCAUGAAAUGCUUCCAGCAUAUUCUAAUAAAAUCAUGCAAGCCCCUAAAACUCUGAUAACAAAGGUUAAUUGUGAUUAGAACUAAAUUCUCCUGACUGGUGAUUGAGAACUCUUCUUCUCUUUCCCAACUGACUGACUGUAAUAGGGCCUGGAAGAUUUCUGCUUUUCUCACUGCCUACCUUAAUGUGCAGAUAAAGAUGGUGUUGGUAAUACUUACAUAAAAAUCAUUGUGUCUCGGCAUGAUUCUGAACACUUAAUCUAUAUUUAAUCUUCAUAGUGAAAGUUGUAGGAAUGUUUUACAUAUGAGAAAACUGAGACACAUAAGGGUUAUGUAACUUGACCGAGUUCCCAUGGCUGGUUAGUCAGAGAGCUGAGAUUUGAACCCAGGCAGUUGGGCUCCAGAGUCCAUGUUCUUGUCUACGACAUUGUACUUGGUAGCAGUUAGGUAUCUUCAGAAGUCCCUGUUACCUGGUUAGGAAGAGGUAGAUUACUCUUUAUAGAGAUUUACAGCCCUUUUACAAUUUGUUGUUACUCUGUCAGAGUUAACACUGCUGCUGUUGGCAAACAUGACGUUAGGGAAAUCACUUUAGUACAUGGAACCCAGUGAUGUAAUUGUGCUUUUUGACUAUUGAGAGUGUGCUUACAAACUGAUCAUGAAUAAGAGCCUACAGUACAGGAAUGUUUAAUAGUUACAAGUGAUAUAGGAAGUGCUGAUAACAUUAGAAAUCAUUAACUUGUCAGAUUUUUAUUUCUAAGUAGACCGUAAGACUUUUUAAAGUUAAAUUUGAUGGCAGAAAAUUAUAUUCAAAUUCACAUAUGGGCAGGUUGGUACAUAUUUGUAUUAGUCUGAGACUACAUAUUUUUCUCGUUCUCACUUAGUACUUUACAGAAAGUCAUUUUUAGAGGAAAACUCAUUAGCCAGUGACAUUGCCAGGCUUUUUUUUUUUUUUAAAUAUAUAUUCUUUUCUUUAGUUGUAGGUCAAAAAUAGUCAAAUGUUGACAAUUUCAUGUGGUUAUUUCUCACAAGAGAAAAAAUUUCUGUCCUACUGAGGUGAAAUUUUCACCCUUGCUGUACCUUUAAUUGUAUUUUGAAGGAAAUUAUCAGUAAAUGUUAUUUAAACUUAAUGUUUAUAAUGUAUAUAUGGCUAAAAUGUUGCUAAAAUAAGCAUUUUAUGUAAUUCAAGAAGCAGAAGUUUGGUAAAAAUUUCUCUAUGCAUUAUUGAAGUCCAGGCAAUUUGAUGGCUACAGAUUAUUUUAAGAGAUGUUUUCUCAAGAAAAAGUAGAAAUUAACAAUUGAAAUAAAUGAAUGAGCAUCAAGAAAUUACAUCAUGGAUUGUAAAAAAACUUUUCUGAUACGGACCAAGGUUUGCCAGUCAAUUAUGUCACUGAAAUUUUUGAAAUAAUGGGCAGGCACUAAUUACUUUGGCACAAGACUACCAUGUAGGAACAUUAAAAAGAACAUGUCCCAUUAUCAGCUUCUAACUGUUGGAGUGGGUUAAAAAAAUGGUCUGUUCUCAUCUGCUGCUAUGCAGGUUUAAAUGUGGAUCCCAAAUCUCCCACAGUUCUGCAUUACGUAUUUAAUACAUUGUAGAGAUGGUUCUAUAGCUACCACUGUCAGCCAUUCCAGAGUGAGCACAAAGAUGACAUUUUACUGAGCUUGAGGGCUUCCUUUCAUAAUAUAACCCUGUUCUCUUGAUGCGGGUUUUGUUGGGGUGGGGGUGGUGUUGCACUCUGAAUGAUGGAAACUAAUCUGAAUUAUUUUAGUUUACCUUCAUUUAAAAUGAUGCCUAAUGCAGAUAGUGAGCUUAAUUUUACCUCUAACCUUGCAUGUUAAACUUUUGUUUGAAUGGACUUUGAAAUAAUAAAUACAAAUGUUUGUGUACAUGACAAGACAGAUUUUUCUCCAAAGGUAAGUUCUUCCAUAUAAAUUACACUUUGGACUCAUCUGUAUAGGGCUUUUUCUCUUUAUUUUUUGUUUUCUUUUUUGUCCUUCCCUUAUAAUUCUUGAGUAUUAAAUACUAGAUUUAGCAAAUAUAUUGUUUUAAAGAAACUUAGGUGGUAAUUUAUUUUCCCAACAUAUUUGAAGGAAUGUGUAGCACUUAGCCUCAAAUCAGAUAGGAUAUGAAUGUGGAGUGUAAUUUAUUUGCACUCUGGCUUUUUAAGAUAGUAGUUGCUAGAAUCCAGUUUCCUGACCCCCAUUUUGAAAUGUCUGCUCUCACAACCGUAUAGUGUAUUAGCUUCAGUUGGGACUAGAGCAGAGAGUUUGGCGUACACAGUUUUGUCAUCCACAUCAUAUGCUGUCUGUCUCUGAGGGAUCCUAAGUUUGUCCAUGUUUCUGAAACAACCAGUCAAGGUGUAUCUUGAGGAGAGGGGAGUGAGGGCUGAGGUAUGUUGUCUGGUUCUGAUUGGUAUCACAUGAGCUGCUGAGCUGAAAUCACAGUAGUUUAUUUGGUGUCUGGCAGGACCCAGCCUUUAUAUGCUAUGUUUUUCCCUCAUUGGUAUGGGAUACCUACAGGAUGAAGUUCAGACUUCAUAGCAAGGCUUCUAGGACUGUUCUUCCUUUGUCUCCUCACCUCAAAUCAUAUGCCCCCUUAACUCUUUUUUUUAUCUUUUUUUCUUUUCUUUCUUUCUUUUUUUUUUUUUUUGAGAUGGAGUCUUGCUCUUUUGCCCGGUGUGGAGUGCAGUGCUGCGAUCUCAGUCACUGCAGUCUCCGCCUCCCGGGUUCAAGUGAUUCCCCUACCUCAGCUUCCCGAGUAGCUGGGAUUAUAGGCACCCGCCACCACACCCAGCUAAUUUUUGUAUUUUUAGUAGACAUGGGGUUUUACCAUGUUGGCCAGGCUGAUCUCAAACUCCUAACCAAAAGUGAUCCACCCACCUCGGCCUCUCAAAGUUCUGGGAUUACAGGCAUGAGCCACUGCACCUGCCCUCCCCUAACUCUAAACACUUCUGAACUAUAUGUAUUUCUACUUAAAUGUCCCAUUCUUUUCCCUACACCUUGACUUUGCACAGAUUGCUAUUUACCAACCAAUAAUUUAUCUAGUCAAUUUCACAAUGAAAAUCUCCUUAAUCUUCUUAAAGUUAAUAACUUUUUUCUUGUAGUAUUCCCAGAUUAUGUUCAUAACUCUAUUGUAAACUUGAUCAGAGUGCCUUAUUUUCAUGUCUCUCACCCACCAAACUGUACCUUCCUUGAGGGCAGAAAUUGUGCACCAAAAGGCAGAUCCAAAUACAGUCUGCAAUGAAGUGUGAAUAAAAUUUAAAAACAAAAAUUACUUUUAGAUCAAAAAUGUUUUUAGAUGCUUUCUAUAAAUAUUUUUUAAAAAAUCACCUGCAAUUGGUUCUAUAGUGAGAUAUAAAACUGAACAACAUUCCAGAAUCUUAAUUUUUUCUUAAAAAAAAUGUCCCUCGUAGUUAACAAGUAUUUUUGAUUUGUACUCACUGUAAUUUUCUCUGAUAAAGUGUUAUUUGGUCACACUUCUUACUUAGCUUUCAAGCCUGCUUUCAAUUUAUAAGAACAGGAGAAAAAAGAAUGCUAUAGCAAGUAUUUAAAUGUAGCACUUAUAGUAUAAGAAAAUUUUUAAGGAAAAGGGUGAUACGGUGAUAUGUUUUUUUCUGCUUAAAACAUCACUGUCAGUAUAUUUUUGGAUCUUGAAAGAUCUCUUGUGUUUAUGGCUUGGGGCCUGCUUGUUAGGCUUGACUUCAGUACUGUUUACUAAAUUAUAGCACUGCAAUAAGACAUUUCACCAACAUGAUAUUGAAGAAUAACAAGUUAUUUCAUAAGGAAUGGUAAUUAUCUAACAUUCUAAGCAAAUUUGGCAGUGUGACUUGGUGGGGCACAGUGCUGUCCGUGACACAAUGAUAGCCUCACUCUCUAAAUUAGUAACUUCUGUAGGAGACCCCAGAAGCACACCUCCCUCCCAACAGUGAAAGCCAAGGAUUCCUGUUUUGAUUAGCAGGCACCUUCUGUUCACGAUAAAGGGAUGAGAAUCAGGCAGUGAUGGGCAGCAGAAUUCAUGCUUCCUUAAGGCAGGCAUUACAAACUAGUUCAAAGAAGAAAAUCCACGAUGACAGCACAUUCUGUGCCAUGGAGAACAUUCUUAAAUCAAGCCUCCAGUGGAGGAGGGACUCAAGAAUGAAAUAGCACCAGAUAACGGGGCAUCAUUAGACUUGUAAAGCAAAGCUUCCAUUUUCUAUUUUUACAUAAGCCAUUAUUAAUGCCUUUAAAACAACUGUGAUAUCUGGACAAAUAAAAUAGAAAUGACUUCUUAAGAUGAUUGCAACUUUUAGUCUUGAUUUAUAAAAAUUAUUGUACAUAAUUUUAGUAGAGUAACCGAUAAUUUUUCUCACUUUUUUUUG